AUGGAAAUAACGUACAAUUUCAUCGUUAGUGUAUUAUCUAUGGCGCGACGUUACAAGAAUCAAGCAAAUAAGAGCCAAAUCGUAUUUGAUAUAAGCGGUGGAGAUACUUCAAUGCAAACAAUGUAUUUAAGUACUAUUCCUAAGCCGCAAAAUAUAGUUAGGUCCGCCGGUCAAAACUAUUCAUUAAGAACUGACGAUAUCGAAGGUGCAAAACCAAGUCCACUACCAAAACCACACAAAACUGAUUUAUACUAUCCUGACGAUAUUCCAGGAACUAAAUCUAAAUCAAACAUCGUUCACGAUAAACCGCCAACUAAUUUACUCAAAUUAGAUGAUAUUGAUGGCGCCACACCUGCUAUCAAAAGGAGUUUACCUCAUUCUCAAAGACACGUUAAUCCCGUUGAUCCAGACUACAAACUUCCUGAACCAGCAAUGCCAGAUGAACCACCGCCAAAGUUCGUAUAUAAUGGUUUUGAUUAUGGUGAUGUCGAAGGUUCUCAUCCUAAAUCAUACAAAACUGACAAACCACCUCGCGAUACAUUCAAGUUAGAUGAUAUUCCAGGAGCUCAACCUAAAACUAUGAUCAAAAAAUUCAACGGUGACCGUUCUCUUAACGUUAAAGAUAUUAACGAAGAUGGAAUUUUCAAAACAAGAAGAAAUACAAACCCACUUUUCCCCGAUUACUAUUACGAUGGUCAAACAUACCCUCGUGAUUUUGGUAUCCAGUCUUCCAACUACAAAACUCGCCAUGAUCAUCUUGAUCUUAGCCUUAAGACCGAUGAUAUCAACGGUGCUGUUGCGGAUUCAAGUACUGCUAAACUUCGUUCGUUCCGUCCACCCGAGAAUAAGGAUGAAGAUGAUUAUGGAAAACCAGCACCAGUUCUAAUGGUUCCUUCAAUGAAUAAGGCCACACUUGAGCUUGAGAAGAAGCGUGCAAUUGACCAGAAGCAUGGAGAAGUCAUCAGAAAAUUCGAAAACAGACAUCUGAUUUCUGCUGCAAUGUGCGCUGAUCCAGCUCAAGGAUCAUUAAAACAACAACGCCAAGCUAACCAGUAUUCUAGGAAUCCUAAGCAAGUCACAUUUACUGUUACAGAUGCCGAUUGCAAUCCAGUAUAA